GCAGAAUUCACUGCCAAAUUCGCUUUGUCAUCAAUUGCCAUGGACAUUUUCUGGUUUGUCCUACCUCUCAUCUUCUCCGUCGCUUUCACAGUCGUAAUCGCUUUCUCGCCAAAGAGAAACCUGCCGCCGAGUCCACUCGCUCUCCCCGUAAUCGGCCACCUCCACCUUAUCAAAACCCCGCUCCACCAAGCUCUCCAGACCCUCUCCGCCAAAUACGGACCUAUUAUGUACCUCCGCUUCGGCUGCCGCCACGUCCUCGUCGUCUCCUCCCCCUCCGCCGCCGAGCAGUGCCUCUCCGACCACGCCGACGUUGUGUUCGCAAACCGGCCUGCGUCUCUUGCCACCAAAUACCUUAGCUACAACAACACCUCCCUCGGCUUCGCGCCUUACGGCGACCACUGGCGCAACCUUCGCCGCCUCACCUCCACCCUGAUCUUCUCCUCCGUCAGCCUCCACCGCUCCGCCGCUGUCCGCAACCAGGAGGUCCGCUGUCUCGCACGGAAGCUCUUCCAAGGCUGCAGCGGAUCCAUCGCAACCAAUAGAAAAAUCAAUUUGAGUCGUAUGCACUACGAAUUGUUGCUGAACGUGAUGACGGCGACCAUCGCCGGAAAGCAGUGCUGUAUGUUGGACGGAAUGCCUGAUGUUACUACCUUCACGAAUAUGUGCGAUUAUAUACCCGUGUUGAGGUGGGUUGGUUUCAAGGGCAUGGAGAAGAAUUUGGUAAAUAUACACAGAAAGAGAGAUGAGUUUGUUCAGAUCCUGCUGGAUGAAUACAGGCGAAACCGAGAUGGUUUUUCUUCGAAUAAAGAGAGGAAGAUGAUGAUUGAACACAUGCUGUCGCUGCAAGAAGCCGAACCUGAAUACUACACCGAUAUCCUCAUCAAGGGUCUUCUGCAGAUAAUGUACACAGCAGGAACCCACACAACAUCGAUCACAAUGGUAUGGGUCAUGUCGCUGCUGCUAAACCAUCCAGAGGCCAUGGAGAAAGCCAGAAAAGAAAUCGACAACAACGUAGAGCAAGGACGCCUGCUGGAGGACGACGAUCUCCCAAAACUGCCUUAUCUAAAGUGCAUCAUCAACGAGACACUUCGAUUAUUUCCCGUCGCACCCCUUCUACUCCCUCACGCUUCAUCCCAGAGUUGCACUAUCGAGGGCUUCGACAUUCCAGAGGGAACGAUGAUGUUCGUAAACGCCUGGGCGAUCCAUCGAGACCCUGGCUUGUGGAACGAGCCCGACAAGUUCAGGCCGGAGAGGUUUGAAGGGUUUGGAGACGAAAAACGGUGCUUCAAGUUCAUCCCUUUUGGGAUGGGGAGGAGGGCUUGCCCGGGGGCGAGCAUGGGGAUGCGAAUCAUGGGGUUGGCUUUAGGCUUGCUGAUUCAGUGCUUCGAGUGGGAGAGGGUUAGGGAUGAAGAGUUGGUGGACUUGACGGCGGCAAGUGGCGGGCCGACGUUGAGGAAGGCUGAGCCGUUGGAAGUCAUGUAUCGACCUCGCUCCACCAUGCUUGGGCUGCUUUCUCAGCUUUGAAUAUAUAUAUAUAUAUAUAUAUAUAGCUACCGGGCAGGGCAAGACGCCACCACAAUAAGGCUUUUGAGUUCCUUCUUCCUAGCCAAUUUGAUGGAGUCCUUUCUUGUCUUUUUCUUUUUUGGGCUAAGUAUCAUGGACUGCUUUAUUGGCAUGACCGCCCUUGCGCGGCUCAUGGAGUGCUUUCUAAGAGUGCGCGCGCGCACGCGUGCAUAUGUUUUUUGUCUUAAAAAAUAUAUAAUUAAAAUUUAUAAAAAAUAAUCUCAA